UAACGCAAUUACACAAUAUCGGUCUGUUGUUAUACCAUCAUAUUGUCAUAUCAAAAUAUUACUCUAUUACCAUGUUGUUCUUUUGCCAUAUCAUCGUAUCGCGUGACCAUAUCGCUUUAUGGAUUUUUUGCUUCAUCGUGAUAACAUGUCAUGUUAUCACCAUAACAUGUCGUUCUAUCCCUAUGUCGUGUCACGCUAUCAACUUGUCGUGUCGUACUAUCGCUGCAUUGUCUAAUUCUAUUGUUUUGUCAUUGUGUUUUGUAUUAUCGCUUUGUCGCGCGAUAUUGUGUGGAUUUCUCGGAGCGAUAUGGCCAGGACCCCUCUCAGUGACCAUCUUAUAACAUGUUAAACAAAAUGCAGGAGUGCAAGUGCACUACCACAACAGGAAUACUUCUGUCACACUUCUACGAUUCGAUUCCUGAUCUAGCUUGAACGUUAUUGACUGCGUCGUCUAAACACUCACUUCCAGUGAUGAAACAGAACUUCCUUGUAGCCAUCUGACACAAACAUGGACUUUGAAACAUUCUUUGUGAUAUAUUCUCACUAACAAAACAAGGAUCCUGUAAAACAAGGAUGUAACAUCUUGGUGUACGUGUAUAUGUAGGCCUUAUCAGUGACAGGAUGUUCUCUCCCUCAGAUGUGGAAUGAUUUUCCCACCAGCCAUCUCUGUAGACAUUUAGGAUCUUCAUCCUUUGUUUUAAUAGGAACCAGGAACCGACUAUGGAGAGGAUGAUUUACAAGCGCUUCAGUUUGGUGGUUCUUUUGACGGUACUGCAGAGUGGCAUGUGUGAAGACUACUUGGUGGCUCUGGCAUAUAAAGGCGAAGACUCGUACAUCAGGUACAUAGCCGGAGAAACCGGGGGCCUGGUGGAGAUACAGAAUCCACACUUCGCCUACAGUACAUCCCGUGUAUUGGGUCCCUUCGAAGGAGAUUCAGACAGUGUAAGCGGUAGGAUGCAAAUAACGAGAGCUAUAGAAAAUAAAGCUGUCGUUGUGAGCGCAAGUGAUGAAGAUGUAAACAUUGUGGUAAACGCUGAUGGUGUAUUCUCUCCUCUUCCUAUAUCUGCCCUUGGGACCAAGUACAUUCUACCUUCCAGUCUUGUACCUAACAGUAGUUAUCGAUCCUUGCUACUGAUAGCUACACACAACAUGAGCACGAGUGUUGAUAUAUCCUUUCGAAUGAAAAAAGGAAGUGUUUACUUUGUCAAUAACGAAUACAGUGACGGCGAUACCCUGUCCAAUAAACUUGACCCAUAUCAAACGUUCAUGGUGUACACCCCUCAUGAUCUGAAUGGAACGGUCAUUAAGAGUGAACAUAGCGUGGCCGUCUACAGUGGUAUAGACUAUGCCUCGAAGUACACUGUGUAUGACCAACUAUUGCCUGUCAAGCACCACGGACAGGAGUAUGUUGUUGCUGUAGAUGACACCAAGCUGGAGCUGCAGAUCAUCAGUGAACACAGCCACGUGCAGAUCACGUUCAGUACCGGGGUCACAAUCUCCACUGGUGAGCGUCGUCUGUAUAACCGCUCACUUGAACAGGGAGAGAGUCUUCACUUCACCACCACACGCCCGGUACUGGUAACACUCAGUAGAGCAGAUGGUUACAGCAGUGUCUUCACAACUGUACCACCUGUACACUCUUACGUCACACAGAGGGGUUACUGGCCUCAAUCCUUCGCCACAUCAUUGGGUUACUGGUCUCAAGAAAACAAUCUUAAUACAACAUUAAAGAUAUUAACUGAGAGGACAGCGACUGUGCUUUUUAAAAGCGAUCGACCGUACAAUCGUCUGACAUGGGUGGAUAUUCCAGGCAGCAGAUACAAAGUUGGCACACUGGUACAGUCAGACCGAUAUACAUUUCGUUCUACGAUCAUUUCUAGUGACCUCCCCUUCACAGCUCUGUCCUUCUUUAACGGAUCAGUCUAUAACAUCGGCUACCGUGUGUCUGCAGUACAUUAUACAGAUCGAAGUUACUUGAUGGCACUGCCAGGAAACACUGGCCACACCGACCACGACCAUAUCCCCCGGAUACUCGCCAGUGCAGGGGAGACAGGAGGCCAGUGGCAGAUACAGGAUCCAAUCUCCGGGCGCGUCUGGUCUCGAAACUUCAACCCUUACAACACAGACUACUUUUACCCAAUAUCCAAUAGAGUAAUGCUUUUCCUUGUGCAUGUGAGAGAUGGUUCUAUUCAUAUCACAGGGGGAAUGAACUUUUACACUUCAUUCUCUGCCCUUCCUGUGUCUGCACUAGGCACCAAGUACAUCAUGUCUUCCUGUCUUCCUCCUACUGGCAACAUAUACGAGUACACCUACCUAUCAGUUUUAGUGAUAGCCACACACAGCAGGAAGGCGGAUGUUGACGUUAUCUUCAGAUUGGAGGGCAACGUCACCUAUGACGGCAGGACGUACAACGACGGGGACACUCUCAGUGUCAGAUUAGAUAAGUAUCAGGCGUUCUCCAUAAACAGUUCAUCUGAUAUGACCAGAACCAUCGUUGAUGCCACGGAAACAAUAGCCGUCUAUAGUGGAACAUACGUUAUGAUCCGAAGAGUCUUUGAAACCUACGCGCAAUUAUUGCCUGUGAAAUAUUAUGGCAGUGAGUAUGUUCUUGCGAUCAAUGAUUCUGACGACAAGCGACAAGGGUUGUCAUACCAACUUCAAGUUGUUACAGACCAUAGUGACACGAGCAUCAUGUUUAAUAACGGUUCCUUGGUCUCAAUGGGUAAAGAUGGACUGUAUCGUAAACAAUGUGGAAGUUUCGACACUUUCUACUUCAACACCACAAGACCAGCCUCGGUCACAUUGUGUGCUGCUGGAACGUUUUACUAUACUGAUGGGUUAAUUGUAGUACCACCAGUAACCCUCUACUCUACGCAAACAACACAACAAGUCCCAGGCGUCAUGCAAAUAUUGACAUUUCAAGAAAACAAUAAUUUUCAAGAAACCCACAAGGUUCACUCUACAGUUUCCAGUCCUCCAAUUACGUGGAAGAAAGUGUCAGGAACAAGAUUCAAAGUGGGAACAUUAUCAGGUGGUUCAUACACAACAACCAUCCGUUCCAACUAUUCUUUUGCUGUCCUUGGAUAUCAUCACUUUACUAUAUACAACGGAGGAUACAAUUUUAGGACAUAUCUUGAUGCAGCGACCACUACGCCAGAUGGAAUUGGAAACAAGUUAAAUACAGGAGGUUCCUUACAAGAGACCUCUACACCAGAUGGAAGAGGAAACAAUUUAAAUACAAGUGUUGCCUUUCAAGCGACCUCUACGCCAGAUGGAAUUGGAAACAAGUUAAAUACAGGAGGUUCCUUACAAGCAGACGGCUCAAACAACGCAGCACUGAUCGUGGGGAUAAUCUCUGGGGUUGUUAUUGUGGCUCUCCUGGUCGCCUUUAUGUCAUAUGUAUUCUACAUCCGCAAGAACACGAUGCCACUUAAGAGAGUUGCAGAACAAGGCGCCGAUGCUCCCUCGACCUCCAACAUCUACACGGUGCCUGACAGUGUCGCUGAAGGUGCAGCAGAUGAGGCCACCUACACGGAGCUGACAACUAACUGCACACCUGUCGACGUCAGCAUCGCUGACAGUUCUGCAACAUAUGUCAAUUUCGAAGGUGGAAAAUAACUCGAAACAAUGCAAACAUAAAUUAGAACUGUUAUGGAAACCCAUUCUGAGACAUUUAGCUGUCUUAUUGUAAAUAGAUACAUUCUCUCAAACACACUGACUGAACAUUCAUGUCAUAAACAUUUAAUGUUUUGUGUACACGUUUUAUUUUCACAAGAAUAUAUCUUAUCCAUGUGAAUAUUCAGAGUUUAUUUAACAAUUAGGACACAAAAACCUUUGAUUAUAUUACAUUAAUUUCAAAAGGUAAUUACUGUCGUAUUAAUGUGGUAAAAUUGCAUCUGCUACAGUUUGAGUAAAGUACAAGGCAUCAACCAGGACAUGAUUCACGUACUUAGCUGCCCCCAACAAAUGAUGUAUGGUGUUAAGGGGCGUGCAUAAAGCAUCUCUCUCUAAAACACAUUUCAAUUUGUUGUGGUGAGUAUCCCUGACAUCCAUUUCAAGGAAAAGCACCGCAUUGGGGCGAAAUCGAUGUUAUUAUUUAGUUAUGUUAAAUUCCAGAGUUUGCAGAGUUCUAUACCCAAGCUGUGUGACUUUAUUGAUAUAAGCAGGACAGAGCAACACUAUAGCAGCCUCAAGCUAGUUUUUACUUUUCAGUUUUCUUAAAUUGGUUACUUGAGUUACUCAUGGAGAUUUGUUUGACAGUGAUUAAAUUAUGUCACAUACGGUGAUGUGGGAGGAUAGCUUUAACUGACGGUUGAAGAGGUUUAUUUCUUGACUCUUUUUGUGUAGCAACUUUUUAUUGUAUUUGACCAUGUUUCUUAUGAUUUCAUUGUUUAUUGUUUACUGACACGAUUCAACAAUUCAAUACAUUCUAAUGAUUUACUCUUGUUAUAUUUAUAGUUUUGUCAUUUAUUCAUAUAUGCAUAUCUUUAUAUAUGAUAUUUUGGUAUCUCUUUAAUUUGCGAGAGGUUAUUUCUAAAUUUAAAGACCACCCCUUAAAAACAUCAAAUCACCUUGAUGCUUUUGAGAGAUGAUUUGGUUUAAGAUCUUAUGUCUUCACAUGUUUUAAAUUUCAUGAAGCUUUGUAAUGUUAUGUUUCGUUUGGAGAUUUCUGAUUUUUGUCAUUGAUUGUCAUUCCCAUUUUAAUUUGCUAGAACCAUAAAUGUUUCUUAAAUGUUUUAUUUUCUUAGAAUUAGCUUAUUUCCAUCUUUCAAUAAACUUCUUUGCAAAGUAUAAAGCGACGUUCAUCAUUUGUAACAGCUGCGGGGUACUGCAGACUCCUUACUUGUCUUGACUUGUACCAUCAUAUAUGCCUGUGUUUGUUCAGGUGAAUAAUUGACUUCCUCUGCGUGUGUUUGUGACAAGCGCCGCAGGUGGGGCCUGGCAUCAUCACUAUUUGAUAAUGAUUUAGAAACACAUGCUCAUCAUAUAGACGGAAGCGUACAAUGUAUCUUUCUUUCAGUAGAGAUUUCUUGUGAUUAAGGCAAAGGGCUUUGUCACCUGUAUAUUAUUGGUAUAAGAUGAGGAAGAUGAGGUUAGGUGUGAUGUGAUUACUUGAGGAAGGAAACUUAAUCUGGUUGAAAUCAAAGUGGAUCAAUGCAUUCAAUAACAGGACCAAAACCGAACCAUACACGUUACAGAUAAAAGCAACACAACCAUUUCUAUAGUCAUAAUCAGGUGCAAGCGAAAAGUCAAAUUCAAAGGCUGGUCAUGAUCAAUUGUUCCCCCGAACGUAACAAGGUUAUUCCACUCGGGACAGAUAUUGGAAUACAUAUAAAAGCUUGUUUGAUAGUGUCACUGAGUGAGAGUGAACCCAGCAGAAGGGAGGUCAGCAGCCGUGUCACUGACUGAGAGUGAACUCAGCAGAAGGGAGGUCAGCAGCCGUGUCACUGAGUGAGAGUCCAUCCAGCAGAAGGGAGGUCAGCAGCCGUGUCACUGAGUGACAUUACACCCAGCAGAAAGGAGGUCAGCAGCCGUGUCACUGAGUGAGAGUACACCCAGCGGAAGGGAGGUCAGCAGCCAUGUCACUGAGUGAGAGUUAACCAAGCAGAAGGGAAAUCAGCAGCCGUGUCACUGAGUGAGAGUACACCCAGCGGAAGGGAGGUCAGCAGGCAUGUCACUGAGUGACAGUACACCCAGCAGAAGGGAGGUCGGCAGCCAUGUUAGUCAGUGAGACUACACCCAGCAGAAGGGGAGACAUCAGCCAUGUCCAUGAGUGAGACUGUAAUGUGUGGUCGAAGUAAGAGAUUUUACGUACGCCUCAGACACUGUUUCGAAACGUAUGUCCUAAGUAGUGGGACUCAACAUUAGCUCCUUGUUGUCCGAUACUUUGAAACUUUACUCAGAAGCCACAAAAAAAAUAAGGCUUAAACAUCACGCGUUCCAAUCAAUUAUUAUACACGAACGUUCGUACCUGUUUUAGAUUACUCGGUCGUUUAUGCAGAAAAUGUAACAUGAAAU